AUGAGGGCGCGCGUCCGAACGGACGACGGGCAGUACUCUGAAUGGUUCGACGUGGGCCAAGGCCUCCGACAGGGAUGCAACCUGGCCCCGCUGCUGUUCAACUUGUUCUUUGCCGCGAUGCUCAUGGUCGCCGUGGCCGAGUUCGACCAAAAGGACCCCAAGGAGUCUGUUUUCGUCUCGCAUGCGCAAGCCGGCAGCCUGCAGUUCAAGGCCUUGGCUCUGAAAGGACUGUACCACAAGCUGCUCAGGGGGGUGUCCAAGAGGCAAGCUUUCGAGGAAACGGCGGAGUUUUUUGAAGUGGCAUCCAGCACCCCCCGUGAGUGGGAGCUUUCCUACCGUACCAAGGGCCACAUCCAGGUGGACCAGAGGGGGAAACACGAACGGCGGUGGAUCCUGAGCUUGGACGAGGGUCUUCUCGUGAUGGUACGCCAAUGGAUCCGCGUCAACUCUAUCAAAAAUGGGGAGCCCAACAUGACAGCCGAGGGCUUCCGCGAGUACCUCAACAAGGACGUCUUGCCACAGGUAGCAGACACCAAAACGUGCGACUACGACCCCUUCAAGCACGCUCCUGUCACCAAGACGACGACUGAAACGGCAUCAGGAGAGAUAGUGGUGUCGUACUCGGUGACCGUUCGCACGGCGCGCUCCUGGCUGCACAAGCUGGGGUGCGAGUACCGCGAUCCCAAGUCGGGCCUGUACUUUGACGGCCAUGACCGCGAAGACGUGCCCGCGUACCGGGUCGAGAAGUACCUCCCGGCGUACUUUGAGCACCGCGAUUACAUGGAGAUCUGGAUCGAGGCGACUUCGGACGAGGCGCGAGGCAGGAGAGCGAUCUUCUGCUACCAGGACGAGUGCAUCUACAGGGCUAACGACGGCCAGCGUUUCGAGUGGGUGCCACCCAACUAUCACGCGCUCAAGAAGAAGGGAGACGGCCAAGGCAUUAUGAUCUCUGGCACCAUCGUCGACAACGUGGGGUUCGAGUACGGCAAGAGCAUGGACGGCUACUGGACGGGCGCGAAGAUGGUUGAACACAUGGCAGAUGUAUACCUCUUGGCGGUUAAGUAUCCGAUGCACAAGCCCAUCUGCUUUUUCGACUGGUCAUCUUGCCACGACUGUGUCGAAGACGGGGCACCGAGUGCAACUCGCAUGAACGCCGGGUACGGGGGGGUGAGGAAGGGUAAACAGUUAGCUGCCCAGGACGCUACGACCCUACUUGCACACACGCCCAAACUCGAGAAAGGGACGGUGCAGUACCUUACCUUUCAGGAGGGCGAGAGUACUUUCUACGACCCGGGUGCCGAGGAUCACAUUGGCAAGCACAAGAGGCUAAAGCAAGUUUUGUUUGAGAGGGGCCUCUGUAACGCGGACAUGAGCAUGAAAGGAAUCAAGAAAGGCCAACAGAAGUAUGACCCAGCGUUGUGUACGUCGGUGGUGUUUGGUACGCAGGAGGACUUCGCGAGCGUAGAGCCUAGCCUAGUGGUCUUAGUGAAGCGCCAUGAAGGAGUGGCAAUCAUGCUCCCCAAGUUACACCGCGAGAUCAACCCGAUAGAGCUAGUGUGGGGUAGAUCCAAGUAUUGGGUCCGGCAGCACUGCAAGUACACUAUCGCGUGCUUGCGGACCAAUGUUAAUAAGAGCUACGCGGUGGCCGAAGACCGCUUGGGUCUAGCAAUUGUGCAAAAGUUCUGCAGGACGGUGGCCAACUUCAACGAGGUGUACAGCGACGGACUCCAGGGCGCGGAAGCAGUCCAGAAGAGGGACACCUUUAAGUCUCACCGCAAGCCGGCCCCGUCAGAGUACAUUAACCCUAAGUAA